UUCAGUUCUUAGUUUCACUGUAGUUCAAUGUUCUUAAUUUCAUAUUUAAAAGUUUAUAGAUUCAAGAUUAAGAAUAACUCAUAAGUAUUAAGCACUAAGUACAGUUUUAGAUACAUAUUACAAGUUAUAUAAUGUUUAUAAGCAAUUAUAAUUUGUUGUUAUGUUGUAUAUUAAUAUAAUAAUACAUUUAUUAAUAUCUAUUACGGAGUAUGGAAAAAUUAAUAAUACAAAAUACAAAUUAACAUUAAUUCGUUAAUGCGUUAUGGAUUCCUCAAUACCUAACAGUAGUACGAGUUCAUUUAAGUGUGUUACUUUAAAUUAUGAAAUGGAUAGUUCCAAUGAAGAUAUUGAUCAACAAGUUCUACGAGAAGCUGGAGAACAAACUAUUAGUGCAGAAUGGUCGGCUACAGUAUCUGCAUUAAGUUCAUCAGACACAACUUCAAGUAAUACCUAUAUUAAUAUUGAGACAUUAAAAGAGUGUUGUGCUAAUCCUUCGGAUACUCUUAAAGAUAAAGAAGAUUUUAUGGUUUUUGAAUCUUCUUCUACUGCUAUAAAUACAUCAAAGUUCAAUGCCAAUGACACAAAAUGUCAUUCAGAAUGUAAAACCACAGCAUUUCAAAAAAAACACAAACCAAUUUCUCAAAAUUUUAGUCGUGUGUUUGAGAAUAUUUUAAACGACGAUAGUCAGAUGGAGAUAACUCAGAAUAGUAUUUGUUUAAAUCGCUUUCAAAAGCGUAAGAGAUUGAUACCUCAUAAUGAUGAAGAUUUUAUUGAAAUUAAUAAUUCCAAUUAUAGUGGAUUAGAUAAUGUGGAAAUUAGCAUGAUGAAGUCUCCAAAAUUUUGUUUUUCCAAAAAAAAAAAGGAUCAUAUUGAUAUACCAGAUUAUAAUUUAUCUGCCACAGAGAGUGUUUCAAUUGCUGAUGAUACUAAUAUAUCUAAAAUAAAAGAAAAUAUCACAAAUUUGCCUCUUGUUGUAGAUGAUAGUUCUAUCAAUAUCAUGGAGGUAUCCAAAGCAGAAGUCCUUGAACAAAAAUUUAGCCGCAAAACUAUUAAUGUACCUGAUACUGCAUUUGAUAAUAUUAUUAAUGAUUCAAGCAUGAUAUCCGAUAUUGCACUCAAUAACAAAAGGACAUCCUUGAAUGAGAUCUCAGUGUCAAAUGUUAAUAAUACUCCAAUGUUUAGUAAAACGAGUCUGUUAAAUUUAAAUCAUACUUAUGAUGUACAUAUUAAUACUGAUUCUACUAGUUUCAAAGAUUCAAUUUCUGAUGAUGCUGAUAUACCUAGAGUAAAACAAAAUACUGUUUUUAAAAAACCAUCAAAUUCAUCUAUUCUUGUUAAUGACAACUCCAACAAUAUGGAUGUAUCCAACACUGAAGUUUUUACACACAAGUUCAACCGAAAAACAAUUGAUAUAACUAAUUCUGCAUUUGAUAAUAUUAUUAAUGAUUCAAGCAUGAUAUCUGAUAUUGCACUCAAUAACAAAAAGACAUCCUUGAAUGAGAUCUCAGUGUCAAAUGUUAAUAAUACUCCAAUGUUUAGUAAAACGAGUCUGUUAAAUUUAAAUCAUACUUAUGAUGUACAUAUUAAUACUGAUUCUACUAGUUUCAAAGAUUCAAUUUCUGAUGAUGCUGAUAUACCUAGAGUAAAACAAAAUACUGUUUUUAAAAAACCAUCAAAUGCAUCUAUUAUUUUAAAUGACAGCUCCAACAGUAUUGAUGUAUCUAACACUGAAGUUUUUACACACAAGUUUAACCGAAAAACAAUUGAUGUAGCUGAUUCAGUAUUUGACAAUAUUAUUAAUAAUUCAAGUAUUAUAACAGACAAUACAUUAAAUAACAAAUAUACAUCCUCAAAUGAGACAUUAGUAUGUAAUGUCCAUGAUACUCCAGGAUUCAGUAAAAUAGACAUAUCUAAUUUAAACUAUACCUAUGAUAUACCAACAAAUAUCAAUACUUCUAAAAUUGAUAUUUCUAUUACUGGUAAUAAUAACAUAACUAAAGUAAAACAAAAUGCUGGACUUAAAAAAUCUUCAAAAUCAUCUUUUGUUGUUAAUAAUUGCUCAAACAAUGUCAUGGAUAUAUCCAAUACAGAAGUUUUUACUCACAAGUUCAGCCGAAAAAUAAUUGAUGUCACUAAUUCUGUAUUUGACAAUAUUAUUAAUGAUUCAAGCAUUAUUUCUGAUGUUGCACUCAAUAACAAAAAGGUAUCCUUAAUUCAGACCUCAGUGUCAAACGUGAAUAACACUCCAGUUUUUAAUACAAUGGACAUUUCUAAUUUAAAUCAUACCUAUGAUAUACCUAUAAUUAACAAUACUACUCUUUUGGAUAAUGUUGUUGAAAAUGAUAAAAGUAUGUCUGAAACUCCUAUUUUACUUAAAUACAAUACACCCAAAAGCCUUAAUUUAUUACCAUUAAAAUUUAAUUUUAAUAAUAAAAUUGGUCGUCAUAGUCUUAGUUAUCAAGAAAAAUGUACAAGCUUUGAUGGAGUAAAAAAACACAACAUUUCAUUAAAUACUGAUUUUAUGGAAUACACUGAAGAUAAAUCCAAUACUUUUAAUAAAUUAGGUGGUAAUAAUAAUGUGAACAUAGAUACACAUUUGCAUAUUUCUAAAAUUCAAGAAACCAACAAAAGUUCUCAGAAAAUACAACCACUUGACAAUUCAUUAUUAACUAAUAAAUUAAAUCAAGAACAACUUAAAUUGAAGUGCUCAAUUAGUUCAAAUUCAAAUAAUAAGGAUUUAUUAUUACCAAAUACUACAAAAUUAUUAGAAAGUAAUGAAUUUCAGAAAAAUCAAUCCAAAAAUUCAAUAAGUUCUAAUUAUUCAAAUAAUGAAGGUUUAACAUUACUAAAUUCUACCACUGGAUUAUUGGAAAGUUGUAGUUCAUUAAGAAAUCAGUCAAGGUUAUUGACAUCGAAAGAUUCAAAAAGUUCUAUUUCAAAUAAUAAGACUUUUAAUUUAACUAUGGAAGCAUUAAAGAGUAAUGAAUCCCAGAAAACUCAAUCAAAAGAUUCAAUAAUUUCUACUUCUAGUAAUGAAAGUUUAUCAUUAACAAAUUCUACUAUUGGAUCCUCAGAAAGACGUAGUUCGUCUAGAAAUAAAUCAUCAUUGACAUCUAAACAUUCAACAAGUGUUAUUUCAAACAAUGAUAGUUUAACAUUAUUAAGUACCACUGUGGGAUCAUUAGAAAGUAAUGAAUCUCAGAAAACACAAUCAAUGUGUUCAACUAGUCCUUCUACUGACAAUGAAGGUUUAUCAUUAAUAAAUUCUACUACUGGAUUCUCAGAAAGACGUAGUUCAUCUAGAAAUAAAUCAUUAUUGACAUCUAAACAUUCAACAAGUGUUAUUUCAAACAAUGACAGUUUGACAUUAAAUACCACUAUGGGAUCGUUGAAAAAUGAUGAAUCUCAGAAAACACAAUCAAAGCGUUCGAUUAGUCCUUCUUCAGAUCAUGAAAGUUUAAAAUCAACAAAUAGACGUAGUUCGUCUAGAAAUAAAUCAUUGACAUCUAAACAUUCAACAAGUGUUAUUUCAAACAAUGAUAGUUUAACAUUGUUAAGUACCACUGUGGGAUCAUUAGAAAGUAAUGAAUCCCAGAAGACACAAUCAAUGCGUUCAACUAGUCCUUCUACUGACAAUGAAGGUUUAUCAUUAAUAAAUUCUACUACUGGAUUCUCAGAAAGACGUAGUUCGUCUAGAAAUAAAUCAUCAUUGACAUCUAAACAUUCAACAAGUGUUAUUUCAAACAAUGACAGUUUGACAUUAAAUACCACUAUGGGAUCAUUAGAAAGUAAUGAAUCCCAGAAGACACAAUCAAAGUAUUCAAUUAGUCCUUCAUACAAUGACAGUUUAAAAUCAACAACUUCUACUACUGGAUUCUCAGAAAGACGUAGUUCAUCUAGAAAUAAAUCAUCAUCAUUGACAUCUAAACAUUCAACAAGUGUUAUUUCAAACAAUGACAGUUUGACAUUAAAUACCACUGUGGGAUCAUUAAAAAAUAAUGAAUCUCAGAAAACACAAUCAAAGCGUUCAAUUAGUCCUUCUUCAGAUAAUGAAAGUUUAAAAUCAACAAAUUCUACUACUGGAUUCUUAGAAAGACGUAGUUCAUCUAGAAAUAAAUCAUCAUCAUUGACAUCUAAACAUUCAACAAGUGUUAUUUCAAACAAUGACAGUUUGACAUUAAAUACCACUGUGGGAUCAUUAAAAAAUAAUGAAUCUCAGAAAACACAAUCAAAGCGUUCAAUUAGUCCUUCAGAUAAUGAAAGUUUAAAAUCAACAAAUAGACGUAGUUCGUCUAGAAAUAAAUCAUCAUUAUUGACAUCUAAACAUUCAACAAGUGUUAUUUCAAACAAUAACAGUUUGCUAUUAUUAAAUACCACUGUGGGAUCAUUAGAAAGUAAUGAAUCUCAGAAAACACAAUCAAAGCGUUCAAUUAGUCCUUCAUACAAUGAAAGAUUAAAAUCAACAAAUUCUACUAUUGGAUUCUCAGAAAAACGUAGUUCGCCUAGAAAUAAAUCAUUACCAUCGACAUCUAAACCUUCAACAAGUUCUAUUUCAAAUAAUGACAGUACAACAUCAUUAAAUUCCACUACAGGAUUAUCAAUAAGUGGUAGAUCGGCUAAAAUUCAAUCUAAACAUUUAAAAAGUACUACUUUAAAUAUUGAAGAUUUAUCAACUUUGAAUACCCCUACUGAAUCAUUAAAACGAAAUGUGUCAAAACAAACAAAGUUGAGUAAUGUUGCUCCAAUUAUUAUUGAUGAUUUAACAACUAGGAAUACUACUGCUGAACCUUUUGAACAAAAUGUAAUAUCAAUACAUCAAUCAAAUUCUUCACCAAAUAUUUCUAUAAAAACGUCCACUAAUAGAUUAAUACUAGAAGAUGAUACAAAUUAUACUAAUAAAAUACAUAGUUUAUCAUCAAAACAAGAAAACCAUUUGCAUAAUAAUAUUGAUCAAGUAAACCCAAAUAUUACAGAUGGCUCAGUAGUAGAAAAUAGAUCAUCUAAGAUUAGAGUAUUAAGAUCUUCUUUGGGUAUUAAUAAAAAUAAGUCUUUAUUAACUAGAUCGUUAAGGUCAAAUAAUAAUGUAAAUAAGUUAUCUACGAGUUCAACUAGAACUUCAAAAGGUGUAGUUAAUUUUAAUGAUGAAAGUCUUAAUAAUAAUUCUGAUAAUUCAUUAUUUUGGACAACAUUACCUGAUGAAACCACAAGCAUAUCAAAUACCCAGAAUAAUGUAAAUGUGAAUACGUUUCAAACACCUAAAAGUAAUAAAUUAAUUAUUACAGAAAAUAUAGUCAACACAAUUAAAAUCAUGUCUACAAAUAAACGAAAAUCUACUCAUCCAGGCGCUUUUGAACUUGAUGAUCAUAAUGAUGGACCAUUAACAAGAUCAUUUGUAACACGUUCAUGUAACCAUAGUCCUUCAAUUCUAACUUUGGUCUUCGGUGGACAAAAAAUUUCUGAAUCGACGUCAUCACUCACACAUUCUCUCUCUGAAACUAUUAUUGAUCAAUCACAGGUUGAAGAAAAUAUAAAACAAAAGUUCAAAUCAUUGUAUAAGAAAGAAUCAUGGAUUACAAAACGUCUUUACAAAUUCUUAAUUAUUAAACUGCAACCAAAUUAUAAUAUAUAUUCGGUGAAGUAUGCAGAAAAGUUUGUCAAAUACCUAGCAAUGCUUUUAAAACAAAUUCAUAAUGAUAAAGUAAAUUUACAAUUGUAUACAGACAUGUUGAGAUACCACAUGGCAAGAUAUGGAAUCAUCAGAGAUACAUUUGAUUACUUAGGGUUUUUGUCUGAUUACAUACCAAUGGCUUAUUAUAAAAAAUUAGUUCCUGGGUGGAACCUUGAAACUUCAGCAGUCAAAUUUGAUCCACAAAAAUAUUAUAUUCCCCUCAUGGAUGAUGAAGAAUUCUUAAAUUAUAUUAUGAAACACCUAAAAGAAGCUUAGUAAAACCCAGUUUACCUAUUAAUAAAUAAAAAUACAUUAAAUUGGUGUUAUUUGUAUAUUAUAUUAUUAUUAUCAUAUUAUAUGAAGUAGAAUUAAUAAGAAAUUUUAUUUUAUAGUUUAUUAUUUAUUUAAUUUUACUACAUAAAAAUGUAAUUUAUAAUUUUUUUAGAUAUAAUAUAUAGUAUUUUACUACUGAACUUUUUAAUAAUAAAACUUAAUCAAUGUUUUGUGCAUUAUGUUAAAAAAUAAUUUUUUUUUAUUGUAGUUAAAAGUAUAUUUACUGUAUUUUCUAUGAUUAAUUAUUGUUAAACAAAUAUGUUUGUAGUUUUUUAACAGUUUGUUAUGAAACAAAAAAUUUAAUUUUUCAUAUUUACCAAAUGAUGGUUUUUGUAUUAUAUACAUAACUAUAAUAAAAUAUCAGUUUUCUUUAA